AUGUGUGCCAUUGAUGUAACAUUAAAUGGUUCACCAACAGAAAAACUUGAAUGGGCAUUUAAUAUGUAUGAUAUUGAUGCUGAUAAUCGAAUAUCAAUGAAAGAAAUGACACAAGUAAUUGAUUCAAUGUAUGAUUUACUUGGUAAAGAGAAAAAAGGUGAAUUUGCACCGAAAAAACGUGUACAACAAAUAUUUGACAGAAUUGAUACAAAUAAAGAUAAGUAUGUUAGCCGUGAUGAAUUUUUAAAAGGAUGUCAAAAUGAUGAACAAAUUAGGAUUAUGUUGGCACCUACCCUUACUAAAUAA